UUAGAAGUUUAACCUGUUCAUGCCUAGCCAGCUCAGAGUGACAGCAGACAUCUGUCAUUGAGACUGCAAAUUCAUUGGGGGUAGAUGCGAUUUUUUAUUUGAUAUUUGUACAGUGACCAUCCCAGUGGGGUCCGAUUUUUGCUGUGGCUUUUGGAUACUACUGUAUUGUAAAGUCGCUGCUAAAUUCAAAGACAACGUUUGGAAUUCUAAUUUCUACAAACUUAAACAACCCCAACACUUUGUUUGGAAUAAUUUUUUCCCCUUGGAAUUCUUAGGCUAUAACUAGAUUAUGACAUUGAAACCGAAUAAAAGAAGUAGUAAGUGUGUGCAACCCAAAAAGUGAAGGCUUAAGCUCUGAUUCAAAGCCCAUUGAAGUGAAUAGAAACUUUUCCAUUGACUUCAAAGGGCUUUGAAUCAGGCUCUAAAAGAAUGUUAGUACACUGCACACUUCUGUGGCACUUUUCAUCAGAGUUCCUCAGAACCCUUUUCACAUAAACCGUAAUUGAGCCUACUAAUUCCCUUGAGAAUAGAUCCCUUUUACAGAUGGAGCAACUGGGGCUCAGAGAGGGUAAGUGACUUGCCUAUAUGAUCACUCAGCAACUCAGUGGAAGAAGCAGGAACAGAGUUCACAGCUGCCUCACCAGCUCCCUUCUGUGGCUGGCAAGGGAUCAUUUCAGGUACCACUGAAAUACAACAGCCUUUGAAGGUGGGACACAGCAGCUGUUUUAUGUCACAGAGUAAUUCUGCACAACAGUUAAGAACAAAUCUGGUAUCCAAUUAGGGUGACCAGAUGUCCAGAUUUUAUAGGGACAGUCCCGAUGUUCAGGGCUUUGUCUUAUAUAGGUGCCUAUUACUCCUUACCCACUGUCCCGAUUUUUCACAUUUGCUGUCUCGUUACCCUAUAGCCAAUUGAAAGUGCAGUGGGAAUUUAAGGGUUUGGCUACAUUUGCAAGUUAGAGCGCAUUAAAGCAGCCGCGGGCACCCUAAUUCAUUAUGCCUCCAUACUGGCAAGUCACAUUGAGUGCCCAGACUCCACAGCUGGAGCGCUCUUGGUAAUCCACCUCCACGAGAAGCAUAAUGCUUGCUCAGCCAGGUAUGGAGUGCUGUCAGUGAAUCUUUCCAGGUGACCAUGCCUACAUGUGCCAGGCGAUCCCCAGUAUGGAGCAAUGGCGAGGUGCUGGACCUCAUCAGUGUUCAGGGAGAGGAAACUGUCCCGUCCCAGCUGCGCUCCAGCGAUAGGAAUUAUGAUACCUUCGGGCAGAUAUCAAGUGACAUGAUGGAAAGGGGCUAUGACAGGGACGCACGGCAGUGCAGCGUUAAAGUGAAGGAGCUGUGGAAUGCGUACUGCAAAGUAUGCGAGGCAAACUGCUGCCCCGGUGCAGCACCCGCAACCUGCAGUUUCUACGAAGAGCUGGACGCAAUACUUGAGGGCGACCCCACUUCCAUUCUGAAGACCACCAUGAACACUUGAGAGCCCAGUUCAACAAGGCAGGAGGAGGAGGAAAGCAGGAGUGAGGGUGCUGAGGAGGAGGGAGACAGCCCGGCAUCCCUAGAUGCAUGCAGCCAGGAGCUGUUUUCAAGCCAGGAGCAUGGUAGUCAGUUGCAGCGGAUGGUGCUUGGGAAAGAACCAACACCAGAGGAGGAGCCUGGAAUCCUCUUAGCAUAGGUAUGCCUAUUUGACUGCCAUGGUCUUGGAUGAUGGAAAAGCAACCGUCAAACAACAGUAUCCUCGAUCAGUUUAUUAAUAGCCAGAAGCAGACAUAUGAAGAAUUUCUCCGCACGUUCACUUAUCUUUGGAAAGAAGAGGUGAAAAUGAAAAGCCGAGUAUCUGAAAUGGAUUCCAUAGAAAACACAUUUUCAAUGCUUGAGUUGUCAAACAGAAAUAAACAGAAUGUCUCUCCUAUAAGAAACAAAGAGCCAUCAGUGUCUCUCUCAUCACAGACUGUGGAUGAAGACCAGAUAAUGAUGGGUGAAAGCUGGAAAGUUGGCUGCUCUAACCAAGGUGACCUUAGUCUGGCAAGAAGAGUGAAGGUGGACAAUUACUUGGAGUUGGAAGAUUUUGACACAGAUGAUGAAUUCGGUCAAGGGACAUAUAGUGCAGGGUCAUUAGUGCUUCCAGGAGAGGUGGAACAGACAGCAACUUGCUAUACACCUUCCUUUGAUCAGCCUACUAAUCUGGAGUUUGGAACCUUGUCAAUUACACAACCAUCAAUCAGCGGAACACAAGAGCUAUGUGGGGAUGAAGUUCAGCUGUUCUCCCUUGAUGAAGAAUUUGACUAUGACAGUGUGCCACUGACCCCCAAGUUCUCUGAGGCUGAGAUGAAGGCCAUUGUAAACUUGUCUGAACAGAAAAAAGUAAGGAUCGGCCUUAAGUCUGAAGACUGAAGCUGAUGGACCUUGCUGAACAUUCUCUGUUAUUCAGCUGGAAAAAUAUUUGUAAGGGGAAAAUCCAACUCUCUUUUCUGCAGUCAUAGAGGGCUCUUUUGCAAUGAAGCCAGUGUGGGCCUGUCAUAGAACCUGUGUCUCUCAAAAUUUUGUACUGGUGACCCCUUUCACAUAGCAAGCCUCUGUGUGCAACCCCCUCUUACACAUUAAAACACUUU